CCGCACUCUAUAAAUAGAGGGAAGGCCUCCACUCUCCUCUGCGGGAGAUACCAGUAAACGGCGACGAAGACAAUUCUCUACCAAGAAGAGGACUGAUCGAGUGGGAGAGAUAUGGACGGCGGCAAGAGCAGCGGGAUUGGUGGCAAUGUCGAAGGAGGAGGCGGUGAUGGCAAGAGCGGCGUCGGCGCUGUCAAGGGAGGAGGCUCCAACUCCAUGGGAGGCGCGGGCUCUGGCAACUCAGGUGGCGGCGUUGCGGGACAUGGUGAUGGUGCAGGGAAGUCGGGCUCCGGCGGCGACGGCAUGAUGAAGGCUCCCGGCGGCGGCGGCUACAUCCCCCGCUCCUACUUCGAAGCCAACCCGAAGGAGUUCUUCCAGGGCCUCCACCAGCAGGGAGGAGGAGGCAAAAAGUAGAUCCAUCGAGCUAGACUGCUAGCAAGCUAGCUGCUUGUUGCAUGGCAAUCUAGCGUGGGAUUUGUGAUCCUGAAUGAAUGUAUGGACCGUCGUCAGUCUCCGUAGCCUCUAAAUAAAAUGUUAAGCUGCUCGAUCGUUUCUGGGUAUCAUUUGCUCGCAUGUUUACGAUAGAAGUUUAUUAUAUGUCAUUAGGCAGGCUCGUACGUCAUCAGCUAUUUACCCGAUAUAUUUCGAUAUAUCCUGUUAUAUCCAUAUAUAUCCCAAUAUUUGCACUUUUGGAGAA